AUGCUGGCUCUCCACACAAGGCAGCUCCCUGCGCGUGCAGCUGCCCAACUCCGGUCACGCGCUGCCUGCUGUGCCGCCAAUCGCCAGUCACUGUUGACCAGCCAAUCGCAUACCACCAAGACCCUCGAUGUCAACUUAUUUCCCCGGCUCAGACGAUGGUAUAGCCUCAAUUUAAAAACAAUUGAUGCGGAAUGGCGCAAGAAUUGGCAAGAAAUCGCCGCCCACGAGCCGACGCAGAAAGAGCGUGUCCAGAGCUCCACGAAUACCAAAUAUGUUCUUCCCAUGUUUCCCUACCCGUCGGGCACCCUGCAUCUCGGUCACUUGCGCGUCUACGCUAUUGCCGAUGUCGUUGCCAGAUAUCAUGGCCUCAAAGGCCACGAUGUGCUGCUUCCCAUGGGAUGGGACGCCUUUGGUCUACCAGCUGAGAACGCGGCCCUGGAACGUGGCGUCCCUCCAGCUGGCUGGACGCGGAGCAACAUUGUGAAAAUGAAGGAACAGCUCGGGGUUAUGAAUGGAAGCUGGGAUUGGAGCAACGAGCUGGCAUCGUGCGACCCCGACUUUUACAAGCAUACCCAAAAGCUUUUCCUCAUGCUGUACGAAAAAGGCCUUGCCUACCAAGCCGAAGCCGAAGUCAACUACGAUCCUGUCGAUAAAACCGUCCUGGCCAAUGAGCAAGUAGACGCCAACGGUUUCUCGUGGCGCUCUGGUGCCAAGGUGGAAAAGAAGCUUCUCAAACAGUGGUUCCUGCGCAUCUCAGACUAUCGCGAGGAUCUGCUGCGUGAGCUAGAUACGCUCGCCAAAGAUGACGCGUGGCCAGAUCACGUCCUCGCUCAGCAACGCAACUGGCUUGGGAAAUCUACCGGAGCGCUCAUCAAGUUUCCAAUCAUAGCCAUGGGCCAAGAUGUAGGCUCUGCUAUUGAAGUCUUCACCACACGCCCCGAUACUCUGUUCGGCGUACAGUAUAUCGCGCUUGCGGCGUCUCACCCAGCGGUUAAGCAACUCGCCGAUGCAGACCCCAAGCUGCGCGCAUUUUUAGAUACUCUCCCUGGCCUACCGCCUGACUCCAAAGUGGGCUAUGUCUUGCCCCAGCUUCGAGCGAUCAACCCGCUUGCGUAUAACGAGGAUACCCCCGAUGCUACCAAAGCGUCCUUGCCAGUUUUUGUCGCACCAUAUGUGCUCGGUGAUUACGGUGAGGGUGCCGUCAUGGGCGUGCCGGGACACGAUGUCCGAGACCACGCUUUCUGGAAGACACACAACAGCGAACAACCUGUUCGACAUGUAAUCGCAGAAUCGCCCGAUGAGUCUACUGCCAUCAUUCCGGCCGAGCCUUAUGUAGAGCAUGGCUUCAUGACGGCGCACAGCGGGCCCUUCAAGGGCAAAUCCUCCAAGGAUGCCGCUGAGAUCAUGGUCAAUAUGCUUAAAGCGGCAGAGCUGGCCACCCCUGUGGAGAAAUGGCGCCUUCGUGACUGGCUCAUCAGUCGUCAGCGGUACUGGGGAGCACCUAUUCCCAUCAUUCACUGCAGCAGCUGUGGAAGCGUGCCUGUACCAGAAGCAGAUCUCCCUGUGAAGCUUCCGGAUGUUGAAAAGCACUGGCAGGCUGGAAAUGCCGGCAACGCGCUGGAAACAUCUCCUGGGUUUGUCAACACCGAGUGUCCGAAGUGCAAGGGGCCCGCGCGCCGUGAUACAGACACAAUGGACACGUUUGUGGACUCGAGUUGGUAUUUUGCCCGCUUUGCUGAUCCUCACAACAGCAAAGAACUAUUCUCGCCUGAAUCUACCAAGACCCUACCGGUUGACAUUUAUAUCGGAGGUGUUGAGCAUGCAAUUCUCCAUCUGCUCUACUCACGCUUCAUCUUCAAGUUCCUAGCUGGGACAUCACUGAUGCCCGAGUACACUGAAGAAACUGCUGGCACCGCUGAGCCGUUCAGGCGCUUGAUUACGCAGGGCAUGGUUCAUGGCAAGACAUUCAUCGACCCGACCAACGGCAGAUUCUUGAAGCCAAACGAGAUCGAUCUCAGCGAUGCAGCUCAACCCAAGGUUGCAACGAGCGGUACCCCCGCCGAGGUGCGCUACGAGAAGAUGUCCAAGUCCAAGUACAACGGCGUAGACCCGACCGAGUUCAUUGCCAAGUAUGGUGCCGAUGCCACGCGAGCGCACAUGCUGUUUCAGGCUCCAGUCGCCGACGAGCUCAAGUGGGAUGAGUCCAAGAUUUCGGGGGUGACUCGAUGGCUACAUCGACUGUAUGACACUGUUGUCAAGGUCGCAGCUGCUACGCCUGCCCCGAAUGAGACUGCCUCGGACUAUUUGCAAGCUAGGCAGGCCAAUCUUGGAAACUUGAGCAAAGGAGAAGCCAAGACACUCAACACUGAUAUCCUUCUCUGGCGGGAGACUCAGCGCAUCAUUACCAACAUUACGCGCGCAUAUGAUCAGGUGUAUGCGCUCAAUAUUAUUGUAUCCGACCUGAUGACGCUCACCAACGCUCUCGUGGGAGCCAAGGGCGCCAGCGCCGUCAUCCAGUGGCAGGUGGCCGAAACCAUGACGAGACUCAUGGCGCCGGUCGUGCCGGCCGUGGCGGAAGAGUGCUGGAGCGUUCUUCACCCGUCCGCCGGGUCCCUGUUCAAGUCGGCUAGCUUUCCCGAGGCAGAUGGCUCACUCCAGAUCCUGAAGCCACAAUCGCAGACGAGCGUGAUUCAGGUCAACGGCAAGGUACGUGCCAACCUGGAGCUGCCGGCGCCGGAAGGCGGUCUCGUAGGCGAUGCGCUCAAGGACUGGAUGGUGGGGCAGAUUCUGGCGACGGAAGAAGGACGCGCGAAAUUUGGCCAAGGUCAAUACGAUAUCAGACAGGCAAAGCGGGCGAUUGCCGUGCAAAACGGGGCGCUGAUUAACUUUGUCAUGUAA